GGGCACGAUAGUCAGGAGCAAAUACAACAGCUUGUGGAGGUUGCGGCGCGAGGGCUCCUGCGCCUAUUGGCAUUGCGCUCGCAGGAAGCUUUGCUUCCCUACUUUCGUGCAGUCCCAUGGGCGCAAGUUUCGCUGACCACCAAUUUCUGCGUGCUCGAGGAAUUACAUCGUCUCUUUGGGCCGAUAGUUGACGAAGAAAGUGACAUAACAGCUACUCCACCGUCGACGGAGAAAGAUGCUCGUGAGGAAUACGAGCCAAAAGGAAACAGUGUAGAAUCUUCUAUUCUGCAGUGCCUCGAUCUUGAGAGGCUAGCACAAGUUGCCACGUUCUGCUCCUCAAGUAGUGAUGAGCUGGAUGAGACUGCGGUUCGAACUCUACUUGAGACCGCAAUUCCCUGUCAGCUUCUUACACUCCGCUUGGCAGAGAAAUUUCCCGAGUUGUGCCGACGCGCGAUACUCAGCCGCACGGAAGAGGCUUUGAGAAAACACUCUGAAGAAGGUAUCGAAGGAGGGCUUUUUUCUCGC